AUGAGACCAGGAAAUGGUGUGCAUGCAAAAUCAGGCUUGAUAACUCAAAAAAAAACUUUGCAGUCACACGCAGUAGGGAAAAAUGUUAGCAAAUUGGAGUUUCUGUCCCCCGAAGGCUUCCGAUUGGAUGGAAGACGAUUAAACGAACUUCGUGAUUUUCGAUGUCGUAUUGGAGAUUUAAGUGCGAUGGCUGAUGGUUCUGCAGAAGUUAAAAUGGGAUGUACACAAGUGAUAGCGUAUGUCUUCGGACCGUCAGAGAGCGAUGGGGGGAGCUUUCCAGCGGCAAUCAAUGCUGCUGCAUUAGCGCUGAUUGAUGCUGGAAUACCGUUAAAAGAUUUUGUAUCUGGUUGCACUGUUGGUGUUAUUGGGGCUGGAGAGGUUCUUGUUGAUUUAAAUGAAACAGAAGCGAAUGCAGUUGGAGCAGAAUUGACGAUUGCAGUUCAUGGCAGAACGAAAGAGAUCACGUGCUUUGAAUUAGACUCUAGGAUUCCAGUUGAUGCAGUAUAUAAAAUGGAAAGUACAGGAAAAGAAGCUUGUGAAGAAAUUUCAACAAUUAUGCGAAAUGCUGUUAUUGAUAGAUUCACACAUUUGGCAGCUAAGACAUGA